UGACAUGACAAGCUGCAGCAUGUAUUACACAAGUUCAGAUUAUAAAAUCGAAAAAUUAAAAGGAAAAGAAGUGAAAAUAUUCAAAAUGCCUGAUGCCUACAAAAAUAUAAAUAAUAAGGCACAAUUGGAUGAAUAUGUCAAUCUACUUUGCCAAUGUUUAAAAAUAAGGUAUAUACAAGUUUAUAACUUGGAUAACGCUGACAUUUCGAUAGUACCUACAAUUGCCAUGUUCUGGGAACAUUACGUUUCUUAUUCUUCUCCUGUAUUUGACAUAUCAACUUAUUUUGUCAUCAGAGCAGCAAGACCAAUCGAUAAGUUCAUUUCCUUGAUCAAGCCUUUUUCCAUAAACAUAUGGAUAUGCAUUUCCAUCACAACUGUGUUAUGUGUUUUCAUCAUACAUACCAUGUUGAAAAGAGAAGCUCAAUUUUUAGACAAGGAGCAUCCAAAAUUUUCAUCUCUCUGCUGGAUAUUAAUAAGAAAUGCUUUUCGUCAAGAUACGGAAAUUGAUCACAUUAUUCUCCGCACAUUUCGAAUUCUGAUUGGAUGUUGGAUCCUAGCGGUAUUUGUCCUUACUUCAGCAUAUACGGGAGUUUUGCCUUCCUACUUAAUUCAUCCAGGAAAUGAAAAAAUUCCCAAAAAUUAUAUGGAAUUGACACAAUCGGUAAAAGAUGGAAAAUAUAACAUUAGUAUGACUUUCUCCUCUGAUGAAGAAGCAAUUUUUUUAAUUAAUGGGCGGAAAUUACCCGCUAUGUUUCAGAUAUUUUUAAAAAGUAUUGAAGAAAAUCCAAACAAUAGGGUAAUAUUAGGUAAAGGCAAUGAACUGCAGAAGGUUCUUGAAGGAACAGAUGCGUUACUUGCAACAAAAUUAAGGAUUGAUCCUUUAACAAUGAAAUUUCGUAAAGAGAAUUUUUACAUUUCACCAGAUUCUCUUUUCACUAACUUUCGCUUCCUGCAGAUAAACAAGCUUCGACUUUACCAACAAAAAGAGGUGUUUGAGAUGAUAAAUAUCUUACAUCAAAGUGGAUUAUCAUUGAAACUGCAACAAGAUCUUAUAGAAGAAGAUCGAAGAUAUUACGAAUUUAAUUUCUAUGAUAAGAAGAAAGAUGAAAAGUAUCUGAAAAUGGAAGAUCUUAAAGGACCAUUGAUUUUGUUAAUAAUAGGAUAUAUUCUUUCUUUAUUGGUGUUUAUUGGAGAAAUUUUGAUUGGGAAAUUAGGAGGAGGAUCAGCAGGAGCAGUCUUAGCUAAUCGACUGUCUACAAAUCCCAAAAACAAAGUUCUUCUUUUAGAAGCUGGUUUUUAUUAUCCAUUAUCAACAACAAGAUUUGGAAGGCGAUGCAGCACCAAUAAAGCUUUCUUGAAACCAAUUCAACAUCGUCCUAAUUUAAAUAUCUUGCUGUUUUCCUUCGCAACUAAGAUUAUUUUCGAUGAAUAUAAACGAGCUAAAGCAGUUCAGUUCGAUCGAUUCAAGAGAUCUUAUACUGUUUAUGCAAGAAAAGAGAUAAUUAUAUCAGCUGGAGUCAUCAACUCUCCUCAGUUGUUAAUGCUGUCAGGUAUCGGCAUUAGAAAACACUUAAACAAAUUCAAGAUUCCAGUCGUGUCAGAUCUUCCAGUAGGCCUUAAUCUUCAAGAUCACAUUUUCUCUCUUGGAAUUGAUUUCUUAAUUGACAAACCAGUUUCUUUCAUCGCCUAUCGUGCUCUAACUCCAUCCAAUGCUCUACGUUAUUUCAAAUAUGGUUCUGGAGAGUGGACCUUAUUAGGUGGAGUCGAAAGUUUGGCUUUCAUCAAUACUCGUUUUGCGAAUUCUUCUGAUGAUUAUCCAGAUAUCGAACUGCAUUUUAUAGCUGGCAGUUUGGCUUCUGAUGGAGGAGAAAUUUUUAUUCCAGCCAUUGGCAUAAAUAAUCAAGUUAGAAAAUUAUAUUAUGGGCCUAUUUUAAAUCGGGAUGCUUUCACCAUAUUUCCUACUUUAAUUCAUCCAAAAAGUCGUGGUUUUGUAAAACUCAGAAGCACUAAUCCCUACGAUCAUCCUGUUAUCCAACCGAAUUAUUUAUCUCAUCCACAAGAUGUCUUGAGACUUAUAGAUGCAAUGAAAAUAACGAUACAAAUUGGUGAAUCGAAACCUUUUAGAAAGUUCGGAUCUCGAUUAUAUUCAACUCCUGUUCCAGGAUGCGAAAGAUUUUUAAGACUUAGCGAUGAAUAUCUCGAAUGCGUGCUUAGAACUUUAACUGCCACUAUUUAUCAUCCCGUAGGAACGUGUAAAAUGGGUGCUGUAGACGAUCCGACAACCGUUGUGGAUCCCGAAUUGAGAGUAAAAGGAGUUUCGGGAUUAAGAGUAGUCGAUGCUUCCGUUAUGCCCACCAUUCCUUCUGGAAAUACCAAUGCUCCAACGAUUAUGAUUGCGGAAAAAGCUGCUGAUAUGAUUUUAGGCCUUCUGGUCUUCCUCUUUGGUCUUUUCUCUGCCCAGGUAGGAGUUUUCCUCUUUCUUUCGACCGGAGUGGCUUCUCCUCCGGACUCGGUUAUGGCGUCGCCGUCGCGCGAGCGUCUUCAGCAGCAACCGUCGGGAUCGGAAGCACUCAUAACUUCCGACGAAUUAAGAUUUAUUUCUCCUCUGUCGGAAUUGGAGAAACUCUUUUCCAUCCACGACUUUCCAAAUACUUCCAUCCAACCUCCGGCAGCCUUGAAUGCUCUACAUUCUACCAACUGGCGGGGUUGGACUCUCAUUGGGACAGAUGCCUCAAAAUCAUAUCUACGGACGGCUUUCGGAGUGGUUCUUCCUGCUCAAACGGUCAAGGAAACUUGGUCGCUACACACGAGCUGCAGCGUCUUCGGUGCAGAGGCUCUCGGCAUCCAACGGGCAGUUAAUCUCAGCGCCCGUCUUAACAUUCCGACGGCCAUCGUCUCAGAUGGCAAAUCAGUUCUCCAGGCAGUCGCCAACGUUAAUUUUUCCUCUCUAGCGGUUAUUAUUGAACUAGCUGCAACUAUCAGCUACCACCCAACACCUCUUGAAAUCGGGUGGACGCCUGGUUACGUUGGCAUUCACAUAAAUGAAACGGCAGACCAAGCCGCUAGUCAUGACACUCCCAUCGGCUCCUGGUGGAGACCUCUCAUGGCACGUGACCUCAUACGUCAAAUGCGGGAAUCGAUCAUCCGCAACUACACAGAUAUCUGGUCUACUAUUCUUCGGGGAAAAGAUCGCGACCAUCUCCCACCUUUCGUCUCUUGGAUAUACCAUCACGCCUCGUCUCGCCAUACAGAAACCCUAUUGGCUAGACUUCGAACCGAUACGGCCCCCUUGAACAACUUCCUCUAUUCUCGACGCCAAUGCUCCUCGCCAGAUUGCCCCCAUUGUGGGUCGCCAGAAACUUUCGUCCACUGGCUGGUCUGCCCGCAAUACACACGGGCCCGCCAAGAGUUAGGCCGCCUCUUAACCUUGGACCUCACGAUCGUCCGUACAUUAACUCCAAAAUACUGGCCUCAUACCGACCUUCCUCCUCGCAACAUAUCGAAAUCUUGGAGCGUUUUGUUCACCGCUCCAACCGCUUUAUUAAAUUCUAAGCGGAGUAAUUCGGAGAAAAAGCCAACAGGCUAG